UGCGGGACAAGAAGUGGCUGGAGCUGGAGAGGAAACAGCACCGUACCCAUGCCAUGAGGCUGCUGGAUGGGCUGGAGGUCACUGCCAGGGAGAAGAGGCUCAAGGUGGCCAGAGCCAUCCUCUAUGUGGCCCAAGGCACGUUUGGGGAAUGCAGCUCCGAGGCUGAGGUCCAAGCUUGGAUGAGGUACAACAUCUUCCUUCUCCUGGAAGUUGGAACCUUCAACGCUCUGGUGGAGCUGCUCAACAUGGAAAUUGACAACAGUGCAGCCUGCUCCAGUGCCGUGAGGAAACCUGCCAUCUCCCUGGCUGACAGCACGGACCUCAGGGUGCUACUGAACAUCAUGUACCUGAUGGUGGAGACGGUGAGGCAGGAGGCUGAGGGAGACAAACCCGAGUGGAAGAGCAUGAGGCAAACGUUCCGCGCGGAGCUGGGAGCUCCCCUGUACAACAACGAGCCCUUCUCCGUCAUGCUCUUUGGGAUGGUGACCAAGUUCUGCAGUGGCCACGCUCCACACUUCCCCAUGAAGAAGGUGCUGCUGUUGCUCUGGAAGACUGUGCUGUGCACCCUGGGAGGGUUUGAGGAGCUGCAGAGCAUGAAGGCAGAGAAGAGGGAGAUCCUGGGCCUCCCACCCCUCCCUGAGGACAGCAUCAAGGUGAUCCGGAACAUGCGCGCGGCGUCUCCUCCGGCGUCGGCCUCCGACCUCAUCGAGCAGCAGCAGAAACGCGGCCGAAGGGAGCACAAGGCCCUCAUUAAGCAGGACAACCUUGAUGCCUUCAACGAGAGGGACCCAUACAAAGCUGAUGAUUCCCGUGAGGAAGAGGAGGAGAAUGAUGAUGACAACAGCCUGGAGGGAGAGACCUUCCCUCUGGAACGGGAUGAAGUGAUGCCUCCCCCCAUCCAACAUCCCCCCAGCGACCGCAUCACCUGCCCCAAGGGGCUGCCCUGGGCCCCCAAGGUCAGAGAGAAGGACAUUGAGAUGUUCCUGGAGUCCAGUCGCAGCAAGUUCAUUGGCUACACCCUGGGCAGUGACACCAACACCGUGGUGGGACUGCCCAGGCCCAUCCAUGAGAGCAUUCGCACCCUGAAGCUGCACAAGUACACAUCCAUUGCUGAGGUCCAGGUGCACAUGGAAGAGGAAUUCCUGCGCUCCCCCCUGUCUGGA